GCUGGGAGAAAGAAGUUUCAUGCGACGAACGUGCUCUAAAUAUUGAAAGUUCGAGAUGCCACGGGGAUCCACUAAUAAGCACUGCAAUAACUGCAAUGCAGUUAUUGCAGUGGCUUGCAAGACCUGCAAAAUUUGCCAAGCAGAGCAGCCCAGGCGACAGAGGCUGGCAAAACGACUUAAAACUUUUGAAAAAAAAAAAGAGGAAUGGUUGAAAAACCAAAAAAAAAACAACACCGCCUCACGUGUGAUGGAUGAGGCACAAAUGCUGCUGGAAAAACUGCACGCUUUGGGCCACAGAGCUGUGGUGUUUCUAGCUCGGCCAGGCAAGAAACCUGGCACUUGGUCCAGUCAGGUGGUCCACUCCAAGUGGCAUCUGACUGACCAUGCCAGCAAGUGCCUGGACCGGAUGAAGGACCUAUAUAUGGCGGUUGUUAGAGGUUGGACAGAUAUGCAGACAUCAACCUCCUCCACCAUCCAUCCGUCCACAACCUCUGCCAGCCAGCCGUCUACCUCCUCCACCAUCCAUCCGUCCACAACCUCUGCUAGCCAGCCGUCAACCUCCUCCAUCAUCCAUCCGUCCACAACCUCUGCCAGCCAGCCAUCAACCUCCUCCACCAUCCAUCCGUCCACAACCUCUGCCAGCCAGCCGUCUACCUCCUCCACCAUCCAUCCGUCCACAACCUCUGCCAGCCAGCCAUCAACCUCCUCCACCAUCCAGCCAUCAACCUCCUCCACCAUCCAUCCGUCCACAACCUCCACCAUCCAUCCGUCCACAACCUCUGCUAGCCAGCCGUCAACCUCCUCCAAAAGAGCCUCCACAGGCCCUCUGAGCUUACCUCCAAGAAAAAGCACCAGAAGGAAGACAGAAGAUGGAUCGAAAGAAUGCAGCCAUAUGGUUGGAGAUGACGGGUAUUACCCAGUGAAACGGGUAGUAAAAACAAAAAAACAAAAGGGGAAAAUAAUGGAACUAAUCGAGUGGGAGCCCUGCUCCAUGUGUGGAAAGAUAUUCCAACUUGAGUGGGUACGGAUGGAAGAAACCAAAAAAUAACAAUUUGUUAAUAAUAAUAAAUACAUCUGCAAAAGUGUGAUCUUGAUGUUGUCAUUCAAUUCAUACAUGCGUACAAG